AUGCACUCGUUCAUUCCGCCACUGGUAGCCUUGCUAUCUUUGGUGACGGCACAGAAUCAUCUGGCUGUUCUAGGUGCAGAUGGAGUCUCUGUUGGCUAUCACACGAACUCUUCGGAUCUUGCAGCUGCACCGGUUGGCCCCAAGCAAACACAAGCUGGUGUGAUGCAAUCAUCUCAAAGUCUGUCCAUACAGUCGCAAAUCAGCGAGUCCCACCCCGUCGUCCCUUAUCCGACCGAAGCUGUUGCCUUGCCACCGGUUGUGGUGUCGCAGCCCACCGAACAGGCUGCGGGAAGCCCAUCUGUCCACCCACCUCCAAGCCAAUCCGCUGUUCAACCUCCGGCAUAUCUCGAGUCCUGGGCAGCUGUUCAGCCUUCGAACCCAAUCGAGCCCGUUGCUACACCACCUAGCGCCUCCAGUAUCAAUGCUCUCAGUGAGAAGCCUACUGAAUGGAAUAAUACCGCUGGACAACCAGGACCAGAUGCAGCGCACCCGAUGGGUUUCUGGAUUCUCAAUAGGAACGCUUUGAAACACCACAUCAGUGCAGACUUUGCAGCAGAAGAUUUCGGAAAAUAUGGCCUUCACGAAUACCUCAAGUUCACCACGGCUACAGUUGGACCAGGUGAGAACUUGUGGAUCCCUACACUACCUGGAAUAAGCCCAAAGCUGUAUGUGGGUGUCUCUCCGAACAACAACACGGCCGAGGUUGGCUCUUACCGUGAUCACGACACAGUCAUCGAGGCCACCUUCGAUGGAGGCUAUGGUCACCUCUACUACGAUGUCGACAUCGAGCAUGGCUUCUCCUCACCAGUCUGGUGCUAUGGACAGGGUGACGCAUGGGAAGACGGCAAAGGUUGCGUCGCAGAUCUGCUUUCUGUGUGUCCGGAGAAGGAUCAACACCGCGACCCAUCGACUGGUUUGUACGAUCAGUGCCGAGCAGCAGCCGACAACAUUGACUUGCGCCGGUACCACUGCCCUAAGACUUACGUGCUGUCGAAAGACGACUGGAACACCAAAGGCACGGCGAAUAGGGAUGAAUCCACUAGCAGAAUUCAAACUGCCCAGGUCGCCGAAGCCNAAAGAAAAGAGGCAGCCGGCAUCGAGCCAACUGCUGUCUUGCCUAGACGUGCCCUGCCACGAGGCCACUCCAAGAACAAGCGAUCCCCAGGACAUGCUUAA